AUGAGAAUUGACCGUUUUCGUUCGGCAUGGGGGAUUGCCCCGGGCGCUAACCUGGACAACUGGGCUCUAGUUUUCCCAAAGCUGAAAGCACAUGGAUAUAGCGGUGUUGAAGUAGAUAUUCACGGGCUGGAACCAAGCAGAGACUUCCCGCUUCUAAAAGAACUAUGUGAUCAAAAUGAACUUGAAAUUGGAUUGAUGAUUCACUCGUCCUGGUAUGGAUACGUCGGUCCUCGUCCGCUAGGGACAAAGGUAGACCACCAUUUGACAAACUACCGAAACUUCCUGCAAUCGGUUGAACAAUUGAAGCCUUCGUAUAUGAACUUCCAAUCUGGGGAGGAUAUUUGGGAUGUCGAAGAGUCUAUCAAGUUUUACAAGGGAACACUGGCUGUAGACCAGGAACUCGGUGUUUCUGGUCGUGUCUGGCAUGAGACACACCGCAACCGAUCACUAUUCACGCCCUAUGCUACCCGGCGCAUCCUUGAAGCCGUCCCCGAAAUCCGGAUCAACGCCGACUUCUCGCAUUGGAUGGUUGGAUGUGAGCGAGUCCUAGAUCUCAGCGAGGGAGACAAGAUCAUGAUGAACGCGAUCAUCCCGCACGUCUACCACAUCCACGCACGAAUUGGAACAACGCAAGCAUCGCAAUGUCCAGAGCCGACCAACGCCGUCUUCAAUGAAGAGAGAGAAUGCUUCGAGAGAUUAUGGAAGCAAGUUAUCGCAGCUCGGGUCCAAGACUCUGGUCCGGACUCGAGACUUAUUUUCGUGCCAGAAUAUGGACCUUUCCCGUAUCAUCCCAUCGGCAGUGCCAAGUCUCAUGGCGAGGUUGCGGAUGAUGAAGGUAAGCGUUUGGAGGUUUUGUUCAGAGAGUAUGCUGCGAGUUUGACUGCUUGA